GCUUUUUCCUUCCUUUCUCUCACUUAACUCCACCUCGUCUCUGCUUAAGUCUUAAGGCAGCGUGUCGACGUCUUCAUCACACGUUGAGAAGGAUCGUCGCCAUAGAUGCUGUUCCAGUCGCAGUUUGAAGCCCUAGCCGGAGUGGCUGGGGCUCCUGUGGACUACGUCAAGCUCAUCACACUCCUCAUCAUCGCCUCUCCUCUCGCCUAUCCGCUACCCUCUCUGCCAAGCACAGCAAAGCAUGUCGUCUGCUUGGCAACGAGCGCCUUCUUCUUCGUCGGCAUCCUUGACCUGCAGGCCGGCUUCCUCCAGCUGUUGGGCACCAGUUUGAUCACUUACUUCUUGGCAAAGCUGCAAUUGGGUGGAAGGAAGAUGCCUUGGAUUGUAUUCUUCUUCGAGAUGGGCCAUCUGACGAUCAACCAUCUCGUUCGAGCCUUUGGCAACAUUCCGUUGACGACCAUCGAAAUCACGGCGAUGCAAAUGGUCUUGACUAUGAAUCUCACUACCUUCGCAUGGGACGUCUACGAUGGACAGAUGCGUAGCGAGCAGGAGUGCGAUGAGCAGCAGAAGGGCCAGAGGAUCACUGAGUUCCCGAGCUUGCUCGAGUUCUUGGGAUAUGCCUUCUACUUCCCUGGCGUGCUGGUCGGCCCUUCCACCCGCUUCGUCGACUACCGAGCUUGGGCAAAUGGUACGCUGUACUCGUCGCCCAAGGGCAAGGAAAAAGAACACGGCGGGUCCGCCUCUUCUCCCCCACCUGGACGCUUCCUCGCAGCCUCCCGCGAGCUCGCAAUUGGCUUCGUGUCGCUGGCCAUCUAUGCUCUCUACGCUCCCAGCUGGGACUUUGCCGCCCUCACUGUGCCCUCAGCAGCGGGUGGCGUCCGCGACGAGUCCUUCAUAUGGCGGGCCUGGUUUGCAGUCGUAGCCUCUUUCAUGGCGCGCACCAAAUACUACGGGAUCUGGACUCUCACCAAUGCGAGUUGCAUUCUCUCUGGCCUCUCCUACAACGGCCUCGCUCCCCUCACGACCACCGGCGGCAGUGAUGUGGCCUCACGAACCCGCUGGAACCGCUGCCAAAAUGUUGACCUCUUGGGCGUGGAGCUCGCCCAGAACUGGAAGGAGUUGCUUGACCAUUGGAACAUGAACACGAAUGUCUGGUUGCGCAAUAACGUCUACAAGCGCAUCGCUAAGCCCGGACGCAAGCCUGGCUUCAAGUCUACCAUGUUUACCUUCAUCACCUCGGCCUUCUGGCAUGGAAUCGCGCCGGGGUACUACGUGGCCUUCGUCCUCGGUGGCUUCUGCCAGAGUGUCGCGAGGUCGCUGCGCAAGAACCUGAGGCCGCGCGUCUUCAGAGAUCCUAAGCAGAAGGGAGAGGUGCGAUCAUUGAGCUCGCUGUCGCAGAUGAGGGCAGGCCAGCUCAUCUACGUCUCACUGAGCAUUGCUGCGGUGCACACCACGCUCAGCUUCGCCGCCAUGGCCUUCAUCCUCCUCGACGUCCCCACGAUCAUGCGCGCUUGGGCCUCACUCUACUUCUACGGCAUCAUUGCCGUUCUUGGGCUCAUGGUAGCAUUCCGAAUGGGGCUGGGCAAGUACCUCUCCGGGUCGAAGCGCAUCGUUCAUCCGAACAGCGCCAAUGACGAACGUCGCGCAAAGAUCAAUCGAGCCAUCUCGCUCCCAGACGUGCCUGCUGCGAGCCGUGAAGCGAAGGAGGCGGCGCUGCAAAGCGUACAGCGCGAGAUCGAGGACCUGGACGCCCAGCCUAACCUGCCGGAUGUCGAGGUGGUGAUGGAGGAGCUGAGGAGCAGAGCGCAGGAAUUGAUGAGGGAGCUGGGCCAGAAAGGCGAGGGCCAGCCGGCGGAGGUGGCCAACAAGGCGGCCGAAGUGUUGGCGAAGUGAGCGGGGCUACGAGGGAUGAGGAGUAUGAAGGAGAGGGGGCAACCACGAUGCCGCACUACGGGAGCACGUGAAGGCGCGCACGAGUGCUACACGAUGCCGAGCUCCUUGCUUGAAUUAUCGGACAAAUACUCAACGGGAGAAGUGCUGAGGUCGGAAGACAGAAUUACCAUUAAUUAAGAAUCUACGGAUCGAGCAGCGUGUGUGAGAGAGAGAGAGAAUCGCAUGGUAGAGGUGACAGGAGGUGGGGUAUGCUAGGUAGCUACACGUGUGGAAGAGGGUAUGGGGAGGAAUCUGAGCCGGGAUGAGUCGAAAGA